AGGUGACCUCAACGGCUCUGCGGUGGGUGAGUACGACCGGUCGCUUCUUAUUUUUACUCUGAGGAUCAAUCUACCGGUAUUUUACGCCCCGAGCCAAACGGCUCCGAUCUAGGGGCAAUUUUUGUUACCUGUUUUUGUUAUCUGUUCUCUGUUCUCUGGUGACCGGGGGACGCCCCACACGGUUUUCCGUGACUCACCGUCUGCGAUAGGAUUUUCCUAUCGGUCUGGGGAAUUUCAUUCCCAAUCUGUGGUCCGUCCGGGCCAAUUCGGAGACACCCUCUGAGGUGACUCAUCUGGGCCAAUCUGGAGACACCCUGUAAGGUGGCUCGUUUGGAGUGAAACUGAUGCGUGAGAGUGAGGUGGCCGGCCUGUUUGUCCUGUGUGUUGUGGGUGUCGUGUUUAGUUAUUUGUUGUAUCGCGCUUGCGUUAACCGCCCUGUGACCAUAGAACAUCAUGGGACAGUCGACCUCAUCCCCAUUGUCCCUCACCCUCGACCAUUGGUCGGAGGUGCAGAAGAGGGCUCACAAUCUCUCCUUGCAGGUCAAGAAGAGUAAAUGGCAGAAUUUCUGCUCAACUGAGUGGCCCACUUUUUCAGUGGGAUGGCCGCCGGAGGGGACUUUCCAUCUGCCCCUCAUCCUAGCAGUUAAGAACAUCAUCUUCCACCCAGGACAAGGAGGCCACCCUGAUCAGGUCACUUACAUCUUGGUAUGGCAGGACCUCAGGGAGGAACCCCCACCGUGGGUGAAACCCUUUCUUCCCCCUUCUGACUCCUCUAUACCAAAGCUCUUAGCUCUGAAAGGACCUCCCGCUCCGGCUCCAGUCCUGCCCGACACUCCUUCUCCUUCAGCACCCUCUUCACCUGAACCGAACCCCUCUUUUCCUCCAAUACCCAUGUCCCCUCUGUAUCCCCCACUCCCUAUGAUGGCUUGCUCUGGGUCUACACCUCCAGGGCCCACAGGCCCAGCCCAGAACACUCGAAGCAAGCUACGGCCUGAGGACCCAGUUGUUACCCUUCCCCUUCGCCCCUACGGGCCCAUGAUAGAUGACGGGUCGGAUGGAGGGCAGAUGCCCGCUUUACAGUACUGGCCUUUUUCUACCUCAGAUCUCUAUAACUGGAAAAACAAUAACCCUCCUUUCUCUGAUGAUCCGUCUAAGUUAGCAGGUUUAAUGGAUUCUAUCAUGUUCUCCCACCAACCCACAUGGGAUGACUGCCAGCAGCUUCUAGGGGUCCUGUUCACCACCGAGGAGAGAGACCGCAUCCUUCUGGAAGCCCGGAAAGCUGUUCCUGGAGAAAACGGCAGACCCACCCAGAGACCAGACCUGAUUGAUGAUUUCUUCCCCUUAAAACGCCCCAACUGGGACCCCAACUCACCUACCGGUAGGCAGCAUCUUUCUAUCUAUCGCCAGACUCUAAUGGCAGGUCUCCAGGCGGCCGCAAGGUGCCCCACUAAUUUGGCCAAGGUAAGGGAAGUUACCCAAGGGCCCACUGAGACCCCCUCAGUUUUUCUGGAAUGCCUGAUGGAAGCUUACCGGCGGUACACGCCUUUUAACCCUGAAGAGGAAGGCCGACAAGGCUCAAUAGCCAUGGCCUUCAUAGGACAAUUGGCUCCUGAUAUAAGACGUAAGCUCCAAAGGCUGGAUGGUCUGCAAGACCUAACUCUGAGGGAUCUUGUUAAGGAAGCUGAAAAAGUCUACUAUAAACGGGAGACAGAAGAGGAAAAAGAGUUAGCUAGGGACAAAAGAUGAAGCAAGGAACUAGCUAAAAUGUUGGCCACAGUUAUUCAGGGAAAACCUGAGACAGGAAAGGGAAAGCCCACUCGCCCCCCAUUAGACCCUGACCAAUGUGCAUAUUGUAAGGAAAAAGGACACCUGAUCAAAGACUGUGAGAAAUUGAGAAAGAAACGAGCCAGAGAGGAACGAGAAAAACAGUCCUCGCAGCGGCCCCAAGCCCCCAUGCUCGCCUUAGAUGAAGAGGACUAGGGACUUCGGGGCUCGGACUCCCUCCCCGAGCUCAGGGUAAUGUUUAAAGUGGAGGGGACUCCCAUAGAAUUCGAGGUCGAUAUGGGAGCUGUUUACUCGGCCCUUCAGGCCCCCUUAGGGGCCCUUUCAACUAAGAAAUCUCUAGUUCAAGGGGCUAACGGGAGCAAAUAUCGCUCGUGGACCACUGAGCGCACAGUUGACCUAGGCAAAGGAAAAGUAAAACACUCCUUCCUGGUUAUUCCUGAAUGCCCUGCUCCCCUCCUGGGACGAGACUUAUUAACCAAACUGGGGGCGAAAAUCUCCUUUGAGCCCCAAGGACCUCAGGUGACAUUCCGUAACCCAAAGGUUGGGCAACCCAUGGUUACAGUGUUAUCUCUAAAAUUGGAAGAUGAGUAUAGGCUCUACAACCACCGAGACCCCCAGCCCAUCGCCCCUGCCUGGCUAACUGAUUUUAAAGACUCCUGGGCUGAGACAGCUGGGCUCGGGCUGGCAAGCCAGCAACCACCUGUGGUGGUUACUCUAAAAGCCACCGCCUCCCCUAUUCGAGUUAAACAAUAUCCCAUUAAUAGAGAAGCUCACCUAGGGGUCAAGGUACACAUACAGAGACUUUUAGACCAAGGGGUAUUGACUCCUUGUCGGUCUGCAUGGAAUACUCCGCUGCUCCCGGUCAAAAAGCCCGGGGCAAAUGACUACAGACCGGUACAGGACUUGAGGGAAGUCAACAGCAGGGUGGAGGACAUUCACCCCACCGUACCCAAUCCUUAUAAUCUCCUCAGCGGUUUGAAUCCGUCAAGGACUUGGUACACUGUUCUGGAUUUAAAGGAUGCCUUUUUCUGUUUGCCUUUGCACAAAGAUAGCCAGCCCUUGUUUGCGUUUGAAUGGACGGACCCCGAGACUGGGUCCACCGGACAAUUGACCUGGACGCGCCUCCCACAGGGCUUCAAAAACAGCCCAACCAUCUUUGAUGAGGCUCUACACAAGGAUUUAGCCCCCUUUCGGGCUCAACACCCGAACCUCACCCUCCUUCAAUAUGACAAGAUAACUUUUGGACCCCCGGUGACUCUCAACCCGGAGACCCUGCUGCCGGAAGAAGCUCCGGAACCCAUCCUCCAUACCUGCCAGGACAUCUUGGCAGAAGAGGCCAGAGUACAACCGGACUUAUUGGAUUACCCCCUACUCGAUGCAGAGGUGACCUACUUCACUGACGGAAGUAGCUUUUUGAUACAAGGUAAGCGGUAUGCGGGGGCGGCUGUGACUGAUCAUUCCAAUAUUAUCUGGACAGCCAGGCUAGAGGACGGGUCCUCGGCCCAAAAGGCCGAACUGAUCGCUUUGACUAAGGCUCUGGAGCUCGCCAAAGGGAAGCGGGCAAACAUUUACACGGAUAGCCGAUAUGCUUUUGCAACGGCCCACAUCCAUGGGGCCAUCUACCGCCAGCGGGGACUUCUGACCUCCGCAGGCAAAGAAAUAAAACACAAACAGGAAAUCCUUCAAUUGCUAGCUGCAGUUAUGUUACCUCAGAAGAUGUUGGUGACUGAUAUCAAAGAUUCUCCUCCCAAAGAGAAAGCUCAGAUUAACCAAACCCCUGAGGCAUCUGACCUGACUACUUACAUACGACAGGCCCACCGGCUCACCCAUUUGGGAGUUAAAAAGCUGUGCCUACUGGCCCAACGCCAAGACUUCCCGGGGGCAUCCCCCACUGCCAUAUGCCAGGUCGCCACCUGGCCCCCGGCAAAAGGCUACGUGGUACUAGGCCUGGACAAUACUGGGAAGUGGACCUUACAGAAGUUAAACCUGCCCGAUGUGGACUAA